GGAAAUGAAAAAUAGUGGGAAUCACUUUUUCGCUUUUUGUUUUUCACAACUUAUAGAAAUUUUAUUUUGAGUCUUGCGUGUGAGUCAUACUUGUGUGAGACUCUUCAUAACUGGACAUUUGGAAUAAUGUUUCCCACUUAGGAAGACGACGACGACAACAACAACAAUAUAUCCAUUAUAUUUUCACAAGUGGGAUCUGGAGAGGGUAGAAUGUACGCAGACCUUACCCUUACCUCGAGGAGGUAGAGAGGCUGCUUCCGAAAAUCCCGCGAUGAAGAAAGAAAACAAGGGGAAGAAAAAAAUGAGAGGAAUAUAGUAAUUGAGGUGGGACCCAGUAGUCCAAAUGUCCAGUUAUUAAGAGUCUCACACAAGUAUGACUUGGUAUGUGAGACCCAAAAUAAAAUUGCUCCACAACUUAAUCAGUGGCAAUAUAAACUGGCUCAUAAUUGCUCCCGUUUUUUUUUUGUCCCAUUCCCCAUUGUUGUUUUAUCAACAAAAUUAUGCUUCGCGUCCAAACUAAAAACAUCCAAAUUUAGGAAAAAGACAAAAGCUACCUUUCCAAAACCUACGGUUUGUAUAAUUGUAUUAUUUGUAUCAAAUGCAUAGCAUUUACCAAGUCUAACGUCCCACAACUGCCAGACGACUAUACUUUGUCAUUGCACAACUGUCCCUUUUAUGCUGCUUCCAUUUUAAAUGACUACAAAUCAAAUAUUAGAAUCAUCUUUUUUUUUUUUUUUUUUUUUUUUUUUGUAAAAGUUCAACGGAAAGAUAGUGAGAGAGAAAGGGGGUGGUUGGCUAUUUUGUUAUUGAAAAAAGAAAAAACAAGGCUUAUGAUUGGCUAUUUGUUAAUGAAAGCACAAAGGCUUAUGAUUUCCAGAGAAGAAGAAGAAGAGGAACUUAUCAACCUUCUUCUCUCUUUCUCUUUUAUCUUUUUAACAUUUGAUCCACGAAGAGAUUUUUGAUUUCCAGAAAAAGUAAAUCAUUCCUGGGGGUUUAGAUUUUGAAUGGAUAGCUUUAGAAAAGCUUAUGGGGCACUUAAAGAUUCAACCAAGGUUGGCCUAGCCAAGGUCAACAGUGAAUUUAAGGAUUUGGAUAUCGCGAUUGUUAAGGCAACAAAUCACGUUGAAAGCCCUCCAAAAGAAAGGCAUGUUGCAAUGAUAUUUGCUGCAACAUCAGUUACACGUCCACGAGCAGAUGUUGCCUACUGCAUUCAUGCACUCUCUAGACGGUUGGCAAAGACACGCAACUGGAUUGUUGCACUAAAGACACUGAUAGUUAUUCACAGAGUUCUGAGAGAAGGUGACCCUACAUUUAAAGAAGAGUUGCUACAUUUCUCUCACAGAGGACAUAUUUUCCAAAUAUCAAACUUUAAGGAUGACUCAAGUACACUUGCCUGGGAUUGCUCCGCAUGGGUACGGACUUAUGGACUCUUUCUGGAGGAAAGACUUGAGUGUUUUAGGACUUUGAAGUAUGAUAUUGAGGCAGAAAGAUUGACUAAAACUUCACCAGGAAUUAGCAAGGUGCAUAGCAGAACAAGGCUCUUAAAUGGUGAAGAACUAUUAGAGCAGCUCCCAGCAUUGCAGCAGCUUCUCUAUCGUUUGAUUGGUUGCCAGCCUGAAGGAGGAGCUUGCUACAACUUUCUUAUUCAGUAUGCCUUAGCACUGGUUUUGAAGGAGAGCUUCAAGAUCUAUUGUGCAAUCAACGACGGCAUUAUAAACCUUGUUGAUUUUUUUUUUGAAAUGUCCAAGCAUGAUGCUAUAAAAGCUCUCAACAUAUAUAAAAGAGCUGGGAAACAGGCUGAAAGUCUAGCUCAUUUUUAUGACUUCUGCAGAGGGUUGGAUCUUGCUCGGACAUUUCAGUUUCCUGUUUUGAAACAGCCUCCUGCUUCCUUCCUGGCAACUAUGGAGGAAUACAUAAGAGAAGCGCCUCAGAGAGGUUCCAUGUCAUGUAGGAGGCUGGAGUACAGAGAAACCAAGCAAGAACCUGAAGAACCUAUCCUUGAAGAAAGGGCAGAACAAGUUGAAGAGGCUGAAGUUGAUAAAGAAGAAGAGGUUGAAGCACAAGAGGAACCUCAGCCUGAAAAAUUAGAAGAAACUCCACCACUUAUAUCAAAUGAAGAGCCUGUUGAUUUGUUGGGUUUGAAUCAAGUGGAUCCAAAAGUUGCAGAAUUAGAGGAAAGCAACGCGUUGGCUCUUGCGAUUAUUCAACCUGGUAAAGAAAAUCCAUCAGCAAGUUAUCAGUUGAGUGAAAUUGGAAGCACGUCAGGAUGGGAACUGGCUCUUGUUACUGCAUCGAGCAACAACACGAGCCAAGUCACACAUGAUAAAAAAAUGGCUGGGGGAUUCGACAAGUUAUUACUUGACAGCUUGUAUGAAGAUGAUGCAACUAGAAGGCAAAUACAACUGCAAAAUGCUGGAUAUAAUGCAGGAGGCGGGUAUGAAAUCCCUGGCCAGAAUCCAUUCAAUCAACAUGACCCCUUUGCGAUGUCAAACAACAUAGCACCUCCAACAAAUGUACAAAUGGCAAUAAUGGCUCAGCAGCAGCAACAACAACAACAACAACUAAUGAUGCAACAACAACAAUUCCCACAACAAAAUAUGAUGAUGGUAUCACAUACUCAGUAUCAAGGUCAAUAUCCUCAACAAGUUCCAUAUAUGGGGUCCGCGAACCCUUUUGGAGAUCCCUUCUGCUAUCAACAGAGCUCAAUGCCACCAAAGGGAAACCAGUCACUUCUUUAGAGUUCUUUAACAAGAUUACAUUGUAUUCGUUAAUUAUUUUUCUAUAGGAAAAGUUGAUAUUCUCCAUUCUUUUAAUCAUUGUGCUUUCCUUCUUUGUGAAUUUGAAAUGUCUAUACAAUGAUUUCGCACAUAGUGUCUAAGGUUUUCCUAUGCCGAGGGUUUACUGGAAACAACCUCUUUACCAUCGUAGAGGUAAGGUCUGCGUGUAUUCUACCCUCCUCAGACCCCACUCUGUGGGAUUUCAUUGGGCUGGGGGAUUCGACAAGUUAUUACUUGACAGCUUGUAUGAAGAUGAUGCAACUAGAAGGCAAAUACAACUGCAAAAUGCUGGAUAUAAUGCAGGAGGCGGGUAUGAAAUCCCUGGCCAGAAUCCAUUCAAUCAACAUGACCCCUUUGCGAUGUCAAACAACAUAGCACCUCCAACAAAUGUACAAAUGGCAAUAAUGGCUCAGCAGCAACAACAACAACAACAACAACUAAUGAUGCAACAACAACAAUUCCCACAACAAAAUAUGAUGAUGGUAUCACAUACUCAGUAUCAAGGUCAAUAUCCUCAACAAGUUCCAUAUAUGGGGUCCGCGAACCCUUUUGGAGAUCCCUUCUGCUAUCAACAGAGCUCAAUGCCACCAAAGGGAAACCAGUCACUUCUUUAGAGUUCUUUAACAAGAUUACAUUGUAUUCGUUAAUUAUUUUUCUAUAGGAAAAGUUGAUAUUCUCCAUUCUUUUAAUCAUUGUGCUUUCCUUCUUUGUGAAUUUGAAAUGUCUAUACAAUGAUUUCGCACAUAGUGUCUAAGGUUUUCCUAUGCCGAGGGUUUACUGGAAACAACCUCUUUACCAUCGUAGAGGUAAGGUCUGCGUGUAUUCUACCCUCCUCAGACCCCACUCUGUGGGAUUUCAUUGGGUAUGUUGUUGUUGUUGUUGUAA